GUCCCCGCCGAUCCCGCGGGUGUCCCCGCCGCGCCCCCCCGGGCGGCACCGAUCCGCCAGCGGGGCCGCGGGGUCCGCCCGCGCCCGCCCCCCGCGCCGGGACCAUGAGCUUCUUCGGGUUCGGGCAGAGCGCGGAGCUGGAGCUGGUGCUGAGCGACGCCGAGAGCCGGCGGCGGGUGGAGCACAAGACGGAGGAAGGGAAGAAGGAGAAAUACUUCCUCUUCUACGACGGGGAGACCGUGUCCGGGCGAGUGGUGCUCACCCUCAAGAACCCCAACAAGCGGCUGGAGCAUCAGGGCAUCAAAGUGGAGUUCAUCGGGCAGAUCGAACUCUACUAUGACCGAGGAAACCACCACGAGUUCGUGUCUCUGGUGAAGGACCUGGCCCGCCCUGGGGAAUUCACUCAAUCACAGACAUUUGACUUCGAGUUCACACACGUGGAGAAACCCUACGAGUCCUACACGGGGCAGAACGUGAAGCUACGGUAUUUCCUCCGGGCCACUGUGAGCCGCCGGCUGAACGACGUGGUGAAGGAGAUGGACAUCGUGGUGCACACCCUGAGCACCUACCCAGAGCUCAACUCCUCCAUCAAGAUGGAGGUGGGCAUUGAGGAUUGCCUGCACAUCGAGUUCGAGUACAACAAGUCCAAGUAUCACUUAAAAGAUGUGAUUGUGGGGAAGAUCUACUUCCUGCUGGUGCGAAUCAAGAUCAAACACAUGGAGAUUGACAUCAUCAAGAGGGAAACGACGGGCACGGGGCCCAACGUGUACCACGAGAACGACACGAUAGCGAAGUACGAGAUCAUGGACGGGGCUCCUGUGAGAGGGGAGUCCAUCCCCAUCAGACUCUUCCUGGCUGGCUAUGAGCUGACUCCAACAAUGAGGGACAUCAACAAGAAGUUCUCUGUGCGUUAUUACCUCAACCUGGUGCUGAUUGACGAGGAAGAGAGACGCUACUUCAAACAGCAGGAGGUGGUGCUGUGGAGGAAAGGAGACAUCGUGCGGAAGAGCAUGUCCCACCAAGCGGCCAUCGCGUCCCAGCGGUUCGAGGGCACGUCCUCGCACGGCGAGGCCAAGACCCCCAGCCAGCCCUCGGAGAACAACGGCCGGCAGUGAGGAGAGGGAGGUGCUGGGCAGCCCCCGGGGACGGCAGCACCGAGGAGGAGAACCCUUCAGAGACUUCAUGACAAUAAAUAUCCGUUUUUUGACUUAAUUCCUUUCUUCAGAGGACUCGCAGGGUGGGAAGGGGACGGGAGGGCAAGGUGAGCUGGAGCGCUGGUGGUGCCUCAGUGCUUCCCAAUCAACUACAUUCCUCUGGAAUUGGCUGCUUUGAGUGUCUGGAGGCUGCGGAGCUGCCUGAUCUCCUCUUUGCCCCGAUUGCCUGGUCUCCUCUUUCCUUGUGGCAGUGGGGAAGGAGAGAGCAAGUGAAGGCCAAAUCCGCCGCUUCUUCCCAGCGGUGUGGAGGUUGCUUUGGGGUCGUGUGGGAUGGAUAUUCUUCUUGCCUUUCUGAAAUCUUCACGAGGGGAGAAUGACACGGUGAUUAGCUCGAUGUGAGAGGAGGGACUCGGAGGCUGUGGUGUGGCCUACUUGGAAUUGUGUGGUGUUAUCCCCUCGCUGCCUCCCCUUCUUCCUCUUCAUGCUGGCGUUGGAUUCUUUGCCACAAACAGUUGGAUGAUGUAGUUGGCUUCCACGGGCAUCAGCUGUGCUGUGCCCCUGCUCCGUGUCACACCAGGAGCUGUGGCUGUGGCUGGCAGGAGGGAGUGAGGUGUGUGGGGGCAGGAGGAGGUGGCACAGGGAGGGCAGAGCAGUGAAGGUCUCAAUGCUGCUGGGUGGGCAAGAAGUGGGGGCAAAAGGCUCCUGGCCAAGAGCAGUGCCUUCCUAGUCUUGUCCUGGCAGCUGCCUGAGUGCCCCUGAGAUCCAGGCUCUGGUUGCUGCAUUCAUACAGGUCCCAGUUGCUGCUGCAGAGCAGGGGCAGACCAUCCUGGAGGCGUCUAGAGAACAGUUUUGGAAUGUGAGACAGAAACUGGAGCUGUCUUAGGAGCGAGCUUACGCUGUCCUUGUGACAGAGCAGGCUUUGUGUGUGGACAGACAGCAGUACAGGACACGUGUGUGUUGUCUGGUUUGCUCCCUCGUGCCUCUGGGACGAGGAUUAGUGAGGGCAGAGGGUGGAUGCAGUUGUUUUGAGAAGCUCACGGCCUGUGUGUGCUGCUAGAUGAAGCCAAGUAGCAACUGGAAGGAUGGCAGAGCUCUCUGAUUCCAGAGGCACAUUCCUGCAGUCACCAGCGAGGUCCGAGGGCAUGUUGUGAACUGAGAACCUGAAUGAGGGUUUUUCUUUUCUAAAAUAAGCUGCUUUUAGCCUUCAGCUAAGUAGACUCAUGAGAACAUUCCCAGAGGAAGUCGAUCCUCCAUUAAAAAUCAGAGGUGGCUUUGUAGGCUUGAUGGACCAAACCUGGAGGACAUCCCUCCUGCUGAGCUGCCCUUCAAGCAGGCAGGUGGUCAGACCUCCCACCAGAGGGAGAGACAGGCCUGCACUAAAUGCUGGGAUAUGAGCUCUAUCAAGUGAGAUUUGUCUGGAUUUCCCUGAGUUUGUGGCUGGCUAGGGUUGUGUCCAGCUUCCUUUUGGCUCUGGAAUCAGGUUCCUCUGCCUCUGUCCUACAGCUGAAUGUAGAACAGUUGUCUUGCAGCUGGGAAAUGGAAGUUUUUGCUUUGUUUAGGGGAACAGUGCUGUGGAGGGAGUGGGGCCAGGGGUGGGAAGGGGAGCUCUUUAUGUAAUAAGACAGCUACUGUAUUUCAGUGAUAAAUGUGUGUUUCUGCUUGCCAAAGUAAGUUAUCUUUUACUCACCACGUGUCAGGUUGUGGUUUUUAGUAGAGCUGGCCAGUCUCUGUUGUAGAGGACACUAAUGAUCUCAUCUCUGCUGAAUGCUUGUGUCACACCAUGUUUCUGCUCUGUGCCAGUGAAGACUGUGGCUUGCUUUUCUUUCCACGAGGAGUCUGUGCCAUGGGCUGGAGCCGUGUCUUCCCAAGGCUGGAGCAAAAGCUCCCUUUGGACAGCUACCUUGUUGUGCCAGGGCAAGGGGUGGCCACCUGCUGCAGGUGUCCCAUGGCAAAGGAACCUGGAUGUCACUUUGGACACUCCUCCCUCCCUCCCUGGGGGGAGCUGCCUGUGCUGCAGCAAUACACAAUCCUUUAGGGACAAGUGACGCUCCACUGGGAGCCUUUGGGGAUAGCAGACUAUCUUUCCAUGGCUGAGCUGAGCACAGCAGCACCCUGACCCCCCUCCUAGCUUUCCCUCAGCUCCCACCCUGCCUAGAUUUAUCCCCUCUGGGUUGUAGGCCAUGUGGUGUUAGAGAAACCCUGUGGAGGAAGGUACCUCCACACUGCAGGAGUGUUGUGUUUCCUGGCUGAACAGCAUCAGUGCUGGGUGUGAGACCAUUGUCACACAAGGUCGCUGUUUAAACAUCUGCUCAUCACUUCUGGAGGGUUCCCUUGCAAAAGGUGCAUGAGCCUAUACAUGGUUUGUUGUUUUUUUUUCCUACUUUGUGUCCCUCUCUUCCCCCCCUCCCCAUCCCUACUUGUGGAACCAGAAUUUAGAGAUGAUCCCCAUUUUUACUGAAUCUUAUGGACCAUUCAAGCUGUUACCCACUAGGCCCUCUGUUUGUCUGGGGUGGAGCAGAUGUGCUGAGCAUCCUUUGAGAGAAGUUGGAGCAUAAGGUCACUCCAGGACAAGGUACUAUAGAGGAGUGUCUCAUUAGCAUGUUAAGGGGCAGGUGCUGCUCGAGCACCCCCUGAGCUGGUGGUUCUGUGCUGUACUUGGGUCAUUCCCUCUCUCCCAGGCAGAGGGGAGUGGGCAAGUACUGAACCAAGCAGUGCAACCUGUAAUUAAGCCUCUGCUGUGUUUACAUGUUUCUUAAUUCGUUGUCUUUUCAAUGGCUGUAUUUUAAAAACUUGGGUUUUUUGUCUCUCCAAUUAAAAAGAGCCAGCCCUGGCUGUCAAAUGCUG